AUGGUCCACCUCAAGUCUACACUCCUAGCUAGCAUGGCUGCGGCGCCCUCUGCGUACGCAUGGGGCUCUCUGGGUCACACCACCGUGGCCUACAUCGCCCAGAACCUCGUCUCGCCGGACACCAAACAGUUCGCCCAGCGCAUUCUGAGCGACACCUCGGCUUCGUACCUCGCCAACGUGGCUACCUGGGCCGACAGCUACCGCUACACUGCCGAGGGCACCUUCAGCGCGCCCCUCCACUUCAUCGACGCCCUGGACUCGCCCCCCAAGCAGUGCAACGUCAACUACGACCGUGACUGCCCGGAAGAAGGCUGCAUCGUGUCCGCCAUCGCCAACUACUCGACCCGCGCCGUCACCGAGGACGUCGGCCUCGCUGAGCAGCAAAAGGCGCUCAAAUGGGUCAUCCACUUUGUCGGCGACAUCCACCAGCCGCUGCACGUCGAGAACCUCGAAGUCGGCGGCAACCUCGUCAACGUGACCUUCAACGGCGCGCGCACCAACCUGCACGCCGCAUGGGACACGGCCAUCCCACAGAAGCUGGCCGGCAACUACUCGCUCGCCAACGCCCAAAAGUGGGCCAACACGCUCACCAAAGAGAUCAAAACCGGAUCCUACAGCAAGGAGAGCAAGACGUGGUCCAAGGGCCUCGAAGCCAAGGAGCCCGUCGACAGCGCCAUGGUCUGGGCCUCGGACGCCAACAGCUUCGUCUGCACCACCGUCGUCCCCAACGGCCCCGACGCCGUCCGCAACCAGGAACUCAGCGGCGCCUACUACGAGUCCGUCAUCCCCGUCGUGCAGAAGCAGAUCGCCAAGGCCGGCUUCCGCCUCGCGGCCUGGCUGGACGCCAUCGUCGAGAAUGCAGGCGAGGGCGUGGCCAAGGGUGACGACGGCAAGUACGGGCUCAGCAAGAGGGAGUUUGCGUUUGAGGCGUGGCAGCUGGAUGCCAAGGCCAAGCGCGCGGCGUUUGGCCCUGAUUGCGGGUGUGGCGAGGAGCAUGCUCACUAG